AAUUCCCUUCUCCGAGUUUGAACUCAAGGACUCCUGUGAUCACAAGGGGACAAAACGUGUCUCUGUUUUGUUCCAACGAGAACAGAUCACUGCAAAUCACCUACUCACUGUUUUUGGGUCAGAAACAUGUGGCAACCAAGAAAGGAAAGGGUGAACCCGUGAUUUUUAACCUGACAAUCUCCACACCCGGUGAGGUGGGCCCUUACAAAUGCAAAGCUGAAGUUUUCAACUGCCCGAAAUACAGCCUCGACUUCUCCUUCAGGAUGGAGGAGGGAGACAGCUGUCCCGCGUGCCUGCUGCUCGUGCCGAUGGCCGUGUCCUUUUCGGUGUUGCUGGCGAUCGUCCUCCUGCUGGUGUGCUUGAUGCCGAAAUGCAGAGCAAGAAAAGCUAUGCGAGAGAACUUGCACGUGGACCCUGGAGACACCCCCACGGAAGGCGAGCUGUACGAAAAUGUCUGUAAAGACCAAGCAGGCUGCCCCCAGGAGAUACAUUAUGCUGCCCCUGUGUUCCAAGAGAUGGCCCCCAAGGAGCAAGAAGCCUGUCGUGAUGGUAAAACGGGUCAUAUCUAUUCUGAACUCACCUUGUGAAAUGGAAAGAAACCACUUCCGUGCAAGACACUUUCCUGGAGGUGAUUUACAGGAACACAAAGAAAAUUCAUCUGGCAUUUUAAAAAGUCUAGUUCAAACCAGGCAUGAGGGGGUGGGGUAGACCUGUAAUCCCAGCACUCAGGAGGCUGAGGCAGGAAGAUUGGGUUAGAGGCCAGCCUGGACUACGUAGCAAGUUUGAAGGUAGCACGGACUGCGUAGAAAGACUCAAGCAAACAAAUAAAGAACAACAAAUUAAAAAUAUCUAAAGUGGUCACCUGAA